AUGGCAGGGGAGAAGAGCUGUUCUGACAGCGAAUCGAUUCUGAACAUCCUCCAGGUUCUCACUGGGUUGCUUUCUGUUGGCACAGAUCGAAGGAUCCACUACAUGAUUAGCAAGGGAGGCAGUGAAGCCCUCCUCCAGACCUUGGUGGACUCUGCUCGGACAGCUUCCCCAGACUACAACAUCCUCUUGCCUCUUCUUCGGCUGCUGGUCAAGGUUGGCCAGAGAGACAAAAAGUUUGGACAGAAAGCUCUGGAAUUGGAGGCACUUGACGUGACAUUGAUUCUGGCCAGAAAAAAUCUGUCUCACAACCAGAAUCUCAUCCAUUGUCUCUGGGCACUUCAGGUUUUUGCCUCUAGAGUUACAACUGCAGCAAUGUUGGGGAUUAAUGGAGCAAUGGAGCUGCUUUUCAAGGUUAUCACCCCUUAUUCUAGGAAACGCACCAGGAUUAUCAGGGCUGCCACGGAGGUUCUUGCAGUAUUGCUGAAAUCUAAGUCAAACAGCAGAAGGGCUGUGAAUAGAGGCUAUCUCACUGGAUUGCUCAGACUACACCAGGACUGGCAAAGCCAUGAUACCUCCAAUGACUUCAUCCAAAUCCGAAGGUCUCUGCUGCUCUGCCUCAAGCAUAUCACCAACAUCCAGUCUGGCAGAGAAGGCUUCCUUGGGGCCCAAGGAAUGGAGAUUCUCUUUGCUACCACUCAGAAUUACCUGGGUAAUCAAAGCAUGGAUGCCAUCACCUCAAUAGUAAUUCAGAUCCUGAGGAAAUGCUACCCCAAAUGUUCAUUGCCCUUGGCCACAGCGAGUAGCUACUAUUCCUUCUCUGUUCCUGGGAGCAUGAACUCUGGACCACCAUGUGCUGUAAAUGAAGAUGAUUUUGAAGAGGAUGGUCAGGAAGAGGAAGAUGAAGACUCAGAUUCUGAAGAAACAAAGGAGGAAGAUGAUGACUUGGAAACGGAUUUGAAAAAGCUUACCUCAAAACCAGUUCUUGGCUGGACAGAAGAGGAGCUGAAACAGUAUGAGGCAAUGUGUCUCGAACUCUCCCAUAAUUUCCAGGAACUUGAGUCCAAAUCUGGAGAUGAGCUGAGCUCUGAAGAGGGCCUAGGAACCCAUCAGUGCAAUUGCUUUUGCCGUAUUCCUAUGCAGAUAUCCUCAAAGAGUCCUUGCCAAGAGAGGGAUCAAAGCCCCCAGGGGCUGGAAACAGGGGAAACAAAUUUCCAGAACCCUCCUCUGAAGCAACUGAAGAUCAUGAAGUCCACUGGGAAUAUAGCUUAUGAAGAGGGCAAAAUAGGUCCAUAUUUAUCAUCAAAUGAUCAAGAAGAAGAUUCCUUCAGAAGGGAAGCACCCAACACCCAGACAUCCUUCAAAGAGCCUCCCUGGGGUGCAGACAUGUGUUCCUGUCUAAAUAAGAAUACUUUCCUUUCCAGCUCCAUCAGGAUUGAUGGAACCUCAGAAACUGUUUCUAAGUUUCUGGAGAGGCAUCCCAUGGAUAUUCCCUUCCACAAUCCCUAUACAUAUAUAGCCAAAGCUGAAAGAACCAAAUCUGUGCCAGGCUUCAAGGUGUUAGCAUUUCCGGAUGUGUGGGGUCACCACUCGCCACCCUUUUCCCAGUCCAUGUUGGAACGUAAAUGUGGAAUUCAAAGGGCAAAAAUAUUUGAAGAUGUCCAGCGGUUCAUCCAGCCAGACAAGGUGAUGGGCAGAGUUGUCUUCAGUUUAGAUGAGCCUUGGCUCUUUCAAAGCACUGAUACAACUGAAUGUUUGAAGUUCUUCUCCGGGUUUGAGUCAGGAAACCUGCGGAAGGCCAUCCAAGUGAGAGAGUUUGAGUAUGAUUUAUUGAUUAAUGCUGAUGUGAACUGCAUCCAGCACCAGCAGUGGUUCUACUUCAAGGUGAGCGGCAUGAAGGCUGCUAUGCCCUACCGCUUCAAUGUCAUCAAUUGUGAGAAGGUCAACAGCCAGUUCAAUUACGGGAUGCAGCCGACCAUGUAUUCAGUGAAGGAGGCUCUCCAGGGCAGGCCUCACUGGGUUCGGGUGGGCUAUGAUAUCUGUUAUUACAAAAAUCAUUAUCGCCAGAAUCCAGCUGCCGCAGGAGCUCCUGGAAAAUGCCAUUAUACACUCACCUUUUCUGUCACAUUUCCUCAUAAUGAAGAUGUCUGCUACCUGGCUUACCAUUACCCCUACACCUAUACAGCUCUGAUGGCCCACCUUGACUUCCUGGAAAAAAGUGUCAACCAUAAAAAAGUCUACUUCCAGCAUCAGGUACUCUGUCAGACUUUGGGAGGAAACCCAUGUCCGCUGGUGACUAUCACAGCAAUGCCUGAAUCUAACAGCAGUGACCACCUGCAGCAGUUCCGACAGCGUCCCUAUCAGGUGAUUGUGGCCCGAGUUCACCCAGGAGAGAGCAAUUCUAGCUGGGUAAUGAAGGGCACCUUGGAGUUCCUUGUAAGCAGUGACCCCAUUGCUGGACUCCUGAGGGAAAGCUUCAUUUUCAAGAUUAUUCCGAUGCUGAACCCAGAUGGCGUCAUCAAUGGCAAUCACAGAUGUUCCCUGAGAGGGGAGGAUCUCAACAGACAAUGGCUCUCUCCUAGUGCGCAACACCAGCCAACUAUCUACCAUACCAAGGGCCUCUUACACUAUUUAAAUAACAUUGGCCGGACCCCAGUGGUCUUCUGUGAUUUCCAUGGACACUCUCAGAAGAAGAAUGUGUUUUUCUAUGGAUGCAGCAUCAAGGAGACCUUGUGGCAAGCAGGUUGCCCGGUGGAUACUUCCACUGUCACUGAGGAUGUUGGCUAUAGGACACUCCCCAAAAUCCUUGAUAAGGUGGCACCUGCAUUUGCAAUCAGCAGCUGCAGUUUCCUGGUGGAGAAAUCCAGGGCCUCCACUGCUCGGGUUGUUGUGUGGCAAGAAAUUGGAGUGUUAAGGAGCUAUACCAUGGAAAGCAGUUACUGUGGUUGUAAUCAAGGACCUUAUAAAGGUCUACAGUUGGGAAUACGUGAACUGGAAGAGAUGGGAGCCAGAUUCUGCCUGGGUCUUCUCCUUCUGCAGCUCAAAUCAUUAACCUGUAGCUCUCAGUUCAUGGCGCAAGCCUCUGCCCUACUAGAUGCCAGGGAGGAUAUUCUGGAAUACCACCUUCACAGAAGCAGCAGUGGCAGGAGCAGCAGUGGCAGCAGCACUGAUGUGGAACUGGAUGAUGAGCCUCCUUGUAUGGAAGAGAUUGAUUAUAAUACAGACUCAGAUCAGGAAACAGACAUCCAUGAACUUGAUCGACAGAUCCAGGAAAUGGCGUUGGCAGAAGCUGUAGGAGAUGGGGAAGAGAAAAAUGGUAUAGAUAACAGGUCACUUAGUAGCCCUGAGCUUUAUGUCUCCAAACACUGGACAAGGAAAAACAGAGGUUCCCCUCGACCAUCAGAGUCAACUGAGGUAUUAUCAAGAGGAAAACUGUAGGUCAAUGGUAGUACUGCAUGAGCAGUAAUCAAGUACUUUCUAGGCUCCACUUUGAUUCUAGAUGUACUUCCAGAUUUUCCGUGCAAAUGGACACACACAUGUGUACACAUACAUAUAUACACAUAUAUUAUCAAAUCUACCCAUUUUUUUCAGAACCCAAAGAUAUAAUUUUUCUUGACCUAUUGACCUUGAACUUAUUGAAAUUUUGCUUAGAUUUAAAAUAAGUUUAAUUUUAGCAAAUACAUGUACAUGUAUGUACAUACGUGUGUAUACAUGUAUAUGUACAUAUACAGAAAAACACACACAUUAGCAGAUGGAAGCAAGAAAACUCUGUGAGACCACAAAAUUCCUGAAUGGCAAGGUCAUACUUCACUAGUUGGUUGACUAGACCAUUUCCCUUGUGCUAGACAAUUACACACACGCAAAUACAUACAUACAUAUACAUAUAUACAUGUAGUAGCAUGUAGUGUUAUAUAAUUUUUAAAGUGACCGUGGGGCCUUGGAGCCCUUUAAAGAAUUUGCCAUUCUGGCCUUGAAAUUCAUUUUCCAAUGAGCCUGAAUCUCUUAAAUUUUUCCUAGCCUAGGUACAAAGGAAUAGAAGCAUGAGAGUAUCUAAAAAAUCAGCUUUUUUCUGGCAUUCUCAGCCAUAAUUCUAAGGAAGGUCUUGUAUUCAGUUACUAAGGAUUAUAUGCAUUCUGCAGCCUCCUGUUCCUUUUUCCUUGCCAGCUUCCUUCUGUUGUCCACAGCAAAGAUCAUAAGCCACUCAAACAUUGUAACACAUCUACUAAAGUCUUUGGCCAGUGGCUAUGAGGAUGGCACAACCAUGACUGUAUUCAAUUAUUCUUCCCAUUUUCCAUAGCCCUUCUCAAAAAACAAAAAGAUUUAGAAAGUGAGGAAUUCCAUAGAAAGGCUAUAGGUAAGACUAUGUCUUCAAACAUUGUUCUCUGAAAGGGUCCCAGAAAUAGUUAUGGGGCACAUUAAAAACACGGAAGGAAGAGGUUAUCCUUGUUCCAUAUUUCCAUCAUUGUUACUGAUUGAGUUGUCAUAUUAAUUAAUUAUUAAGCUAUCUGGUCUACUGUUGAUUAACUACACAGCCCUAUAGUGACAUAGCAAAAGAAUCCACUCCAAUCACCAAUUAGGAAUCCACAGAGUGAAAGUUGACACAUAGUGCCAUGGCAGCUGGCUAUGUACUGUGAUUCAAUUGAUCAAAAGGACCAUUUUGCUGCCAAUUAUUUCUUUGCUAAACACCAUACACAGCUUCCCCAAAUUUUCAUGUGACCCUUUUAUGUUAGGGAGUUGAAAGCUCCAGUAAAGUGAAAAAAAGCUAUGAGGUGUAGAACCAAACUACAUUUAACACCUGAGCCCAAUUAAUUUCUCUAAUGUAUUUCUAGUCACUUUGAGCUCUGAGAGCAAAGUACCGAGGGUAGGUAGGCUUUACUAGGGGAAGGAGGUAAUGUGAUGUUUGAACUGUUGAGAAUUGGCCUAGACAUUAAGUUUGUGGAGCACAGUGAAAACAAGGAGCCAUCCGAUAGCACUAGGCAUAUGGCAGCAAGAGGACUCUGAGGGAAGAGUUAGAGAUCCCUAACUUCCACAAUGGCAAGGUCACACUUCACUAGCAAGCUGACUAGACCACUUCCUGUGUGGGAAGACAAUUCACAAAGUUCAACAACCUAACACAACCAGGUGAACUCCAGAUCCUCAGAAACAGCUGUCUAGUAAACUCAGACAGCUUUUUUCCUAGCCAAACCACUAUGGUGAAUUGGUCUGGAAGGCAUGCUUUGUGGAUCUCAUAGCCAAAUGAAAUCACUCAAGAAUGCCAGGAAGCCUGAGACAGUAAUGAGACACAGAUGUGGUUAAAAAAAAAUCAAAGAAGAUGACUAGCUUUGGACAAAUUUCUACCAGUAUACGUGCAAGGUUCUUGUUGCAGAUGUCUCAUUUCUUGAUUGUUUUAAAUAAGAAGAACCCUUCUCUCAUAAUUAAUUAGCAUAUUUUAUGAUGUAGAACCAUUGUCCAGAGGGCAGGUUAUAUCUUGGUCUCAAGAUUGGGGGUACUACUCAGUGGUGUGCUGGUAAAUGUUUAACAACCAGCUCUCUGGGGAGAAAAACGUGUGCCUGACAUAGUUUAAGUUUAAUCUGAUUUUUUAAAAUUGUUCUUCAAUACUUUUCAAAGUCAAGACAAUCAAUAAAACAAUAAAUCCAGCCAUGAUUUUUAGUGUUUUCCAAUUUCUGAGCUGUAAGUACUCCCUCUGAAAUUUCAACAAUCAGCUCUCAUGAGCCAUUAAGAAUUCGGUCAAAAAUAUUCCUGGUUCUACCUUUAUAUGCUGCUUGCCCUAUUCCUCACAUUCAGGCCAGCUAGUCCAUGUGAAAGUAGAAAACCAUGAGCCCUAUGAGGUUCUGCUUCUUUCAAAAGCUGGAUUGCUGAUCUUGACCAGCACUUUUAGGGUCCUGGACCCUAGAAUCACAUCUUCGUCAGCCUAUGGGAUCUCAAGACUAUGUUCAGCAAUCUUCUUGUUUCUAAUUCUAGAAUUUGUGGUGAAGAAAAUUGUGUUGAGUUCACCCAAUAGGUAACUGGAACAAUUACUGCUGUACUUUCUCGUACUAACCAUUAACUCCCAGUGUGUUGUGGGCUUAACAGGCAAAUAGGAUGGUCUUAUAUUUUCUGACUUGUGAAAAUGGUGAAAUAAAAUAAUACAAAUAAAGAAAACAGUCUGUA